AAAUUUCAAUUUUUCAAUUAGAUUUUUUAAAAUAAUGAGCAGCCAGGAUGGAAAAAUUAUUGAACACGAGGAAGAGCAAUGGUAUUGGACCAUUGGUACUGAAUGGUACCAGACCCUUUCAACCCUUUCAAUUGCUGAAGACAAAGUGCCUGAUGCUGUUAAAAAUAAGAAGCUUGAGAAGAUAAACAUUCCAUUGGAAAUUCAACUUGAUGUGCUUAAAUGUCUCGACUUCAAUCAAUUAUUGUCUUUCCAAGAAACAAGUUUUUAUUUCAAAAAAUUUAUUGACAAAUAUGAGAAGCAAUUGGCAAGGAAGAAAUACGACAAACUUGAAAUUAUUCAUUCUUAUCAAUUAGAUAAACAAUACAGAAGGCAUAAAGAUUAUAAGCCAUAUCCUGAACUUUAUUGCUUGAAAUUGGAUGAAAAUGUGAGUCUUUGUGACCACGAUGAACCUUGUGAGAAUGAUGGAUGUUGUGAGUUUGAAGGAUUUUGUGAAUGGGAUUAUGAAUUCAUUAAACUGGAACCUCAACUUUACGAUUUUGAGUUGAGUGAACAACUUGAAGAAAAGUGGAUGACUGGAAUAGAAAACUCAAUUCCUAUGUUUUUAACAAUUAACGACGACUCGGCCAUCGAUACUAUUUUCUGCGAAUUGCAACAUGAUUACAAAGUGGAUAAAGCAUUAUACUAUUUACAAUUGUCAUUGUUUCCAAAAAAUUUAGUGGAAAUGAAAAUUAUUCGCUAUUUACUGCAACUAUUUUUUAACUGUGCUUUUGAAUAUUUUCAAAUUGAUGAAUAUGUAAUUAAUCCACAAAUGAUUAAAUUAUUAUUUGAUGAAGAUAAAACAACAAAUCUACCAUUACAACUCCAUUCUCAAAGGGCAAAAUUAUUUCUCGAAACUCAUCAUUCUUUAAAUUUUGCUUUGAACCAUCUGAUUUGUAAUCAAUUUAAAGUUCAUAUUUUUGAUUUGUACAACCACGGCGAUACAAUUGGAUUUUAUAGCUAUUUCGACUUGGAAAAUAAUAUAGACACCUUGAUUAAAAUUUUGACAAAUGAAGGAAAUAAACUUUUUAAUAUUACUUAUGAGAAUCUUGAUUCGAGAAUUUACAAUUCUAUUAUAAAGCACAUAGAAACAUCGCAAGACCCUUCUCAAAUGGCGAAAGAAAUUAAAUUUGAUCGUAUGUAUGGAUCUCUUAUUUCAAGUGAAAAUGUAGAAAACAUCAAAACCAAAUUUAAAGAAGGCAUUAAAACAACAAAAUUUCAACUUUCAAACAACCACAAUCCAAAAAUUAAAUUUUCUGUUUACAUUGAAGAUAAAUAUAAGCAUAUUGAUGUGUCACAUUUUGAAAGAGAUAAAAAGUAUGUGCCUGGAGUUAGAGUUGUGAUUAAGAAAAUUAAUUGA